CACAUGGGGGUGCGGGUGUGCAGGUGCCAAGCGCCAUGGGUUAGGCCCGAGAUUGGAGUCCGGCCGCCCCCCGACAGCAGCCGCCUCCUACUCCCCCGCGCGCCCCAGGCGCCACCAUGUCGGGCGACAAACUCCUGAGCGAACUCGGCUAUAAGCUGGGCCGCACAAUAGGUGAGGGUAGUUACUCCAAAGUGAAGGUGGCCACAUCCAAGAAGUACAAGGGCACGGUGGCCAUCAAGGUAGUAGACCGGCGGCGCGCGCCGCCUGACUUCGUCAACAAGUUCCUGCCGCGAGAGCUGUCCAUCCUUCGCGGCGUGCGGCAUCCGCACAUUGUGCACGUCUUCGAGUUCAUCGAAGUGUGCAACGGGAAGCUGUACAUCGUGAUGGAAGCGGCCGCCACCGACCUGCUGCAGGCUGUGCAACGCAGUGGGCGCAUCCCCGGGGGGCAGGCACGCGACCUCUUCGCACAGAUCGCAGGUGCUGUGCGCUACUUGCACGACCACCACCUGGUGCACCGCGACCUCAAGUGCGAAAACGUGCUGCUGAGCCCCGACGAGCGCCGCGUCAAGCUCACAGACUUCGGCUUCGGCCGCCAGGCACAUGGCUACCCAGACCUGAGCACCACCUACUGCGGCUCGGCCGCCUACGCAUCGCCCGAGGUACUCCUGGGCAUUCCCUACGACCCCAAGAAGUACGACGUGUGGAGCCUGGGCGUCGUGCUCUACGUCAUGGUGACUGGGUGCAUGCCCUUCGACGACUCAGACAUUGCUGGCCUGCCCCGGCGCCAGAAGCGCGGCGUUCUCUACCCCGACGGCCUCGAGCUGUCCGAGCGCUGCAAGGCCCUGAUCGCCGAGUUGCUGCAGUUCAGCCCCUCGGCCAGGCCCUCUGCUGGCCAGGUAGCGCGCAACGGCUGGCUGCGCUCGGGGGACUCUGGCUAAAAGCCGGGGUUCCCUCCAUUCCCGCCGCCUCGAGCACUGCGAAAGCGCAACGUACGCGCGAGAGGCGAACUUCCAGAGUCCCGCGAAGCCGCCGCAUGCCACUGCACAGGCGUCCUUCCCCCUUUCCCCGCUUCCUCAACGGCGAGGGCCAUAGUCGCCUCUGUUUGGAAUCUAGCUCCUCCUCCACGAUCCGGAGAGCAGGAGGUUGCAUACGCAUCCUCGAUUCCCUGCAGGAAGGUCUCGGGAGGGGGCGGGACACGAGGAUACGGAAGCCAUUGUGCCUGCGCGGAAUGAGCGACGGCUGCGCGGCGGGCGGUUGCAACCUGG